GCCCCCAUCUUCUUUGAGCGCGUUAGGCCAGCCGGCGGCGCCGCGAACUCGAGUCGCUGUCGCCGUGAGCCCGUGGCGCGCCUCUGCGGGACCGAGACCUUAAAGGUAGCCGCAAUGGCUGAAAAUGGCGAUAGUGAAAAGAUGGCUGCCCUGGAGGCCAAAAUCUGUCAUCAAAUUGAGUAUUAUUUUGGAGACUUCAAUUUGCCACGGGACAAAUUUUUAAAGGAACAAAUCAAACUGGAUGAAGGUUGGGUACCUUUGGAAAUAAUGAUAAAAUUUAACAGGUUAAACCGCCUCACAACAGAUUUUAAUGUAAUAGUUGAAGCAUUGAGCAAAUCCAAGGCAGAACUCAUGGAAAUUAGUGAAGAUAAAACUAAAAUCAGAAGAUCUCCAAGCAAACCCCUUCCUGAAGUGACUGAUGAGUAUAAAAAUGAUGUGAAAAACAGAUCUGUUUAUAUUAAAGGCUUCCCAACUGAUGCAACCCUUGAUGACAUAAAAGAGUGGUUAGAAGAUAAAGGCCAAGUGCUAAAUAUUCAGAUGAGAAGAACACUGCACAAAGCAUUUAAGGGAUCAAUAUUUGUUGUGUUUGAUAGUAUUGAAUCUGCUAAGAAGUUUGUAGAGACCCCUGGCCAGAAGUACAAAGACACAGACCUGCUGAUACUUUUCAAGGAAGAUUAUUUUGCAAAAAAAAAUGAAGAAAGAAAGCAAAAUAAAGUGGAAGCUAAAUUAAGAGCUAAACAAGAACAAGAAGAAAAACAAAAGUUAGCAGAAGAUGCUGAAAUGAAAUCUCUAGAAGAAAAGAUUGGAUGCUUGCUGAAAUUUUCGGGUGACUUAGAUGAUCAGACCUGUAGAGAAGAUUUGCACAUCCUUUUCUCAAACCAUGGUGAAAUAAAAUGGAUAGACUUUGUCAGAGGAGCAAAAGAGGGAAUAAUUCUAUUUAAAGAAAAGGCCAAGGAAGCACUAGAUAAAGCCAAAGAUGCAAAUAAUGGUAACCUACAAUUAAGGAACAAAGAAGUGACUUGGGAAAUACUAGAAGGAGAGGUGGAAAAAACAGCAUUGAAAAAAAUCAUAGAAGAUCAACAAGAAUCAUUAAACAAAUGGAAGUCAAAAGGUCGCAGAUUUAAAGGGAAAGGAAAGGCAAAUAAAGCUGCUCCACCUGCGCCUGCUAAAGGAAAAGUAGAGUUUCAAGGGAAGAAAACAAAAUUUGAUAGUGAUGAUGAACGCAAUGAAAAUGGUGCAGCUGGUCCAGUGAAAAGAGCAAGAGAAGAAACAGACAAAGAAGAACCUGCAUCAAAACAACAGAAAACAGAAAAUGGUGCUGGAGACCAAUAGUUCAGUAAACAGAAUUUUUUAUUCUUCUUAAUUAGCUUGUAAGCUGCUUUGUCUCUGGAAGCUUUUAAAAAGAGAACCGAACUAGGUCCACUUCAAUAUCCACCUGUAAGAAAGGAAAAAAUUUUUGUUUAACUCGUCUUUUUUUUGUUACUCAAAUGAGGGUGUUUUUUUUUUAUGUGUAGUUCUUUUUGUUAAUCCAGAUGAUUCAAAUAUCAAAAGGAAGAUUCUUCCAGAAAAUUGCCUUUGUAUUAUGUGAAAUUAAUAAAAUAUAUACUAUAUAAAAAAAGCAAAAACAUAGUUAAUUUUUUCCUUUUUGUACCCAAAGCAUUUGAGAAAGAAUUUAAAUUAGUAUAUUUGCUGUUGAUUAUGGGCCCUUCCUACAGUUUAUCUUUCAUCUCUUAGGCUUGCUUUCUAUAUUUACCUAGACUAACUUCAUAGUGUUAGAAGUAAUCUUUUUGCAAAGCUUUUCAAUACUAAGGAUAGGUGGGCCAAACUCAGACUUACUGAUUGCUUUUUAUGAAAGUUGUAUGAUGCUGGAAGGUCAUAUCGAAGUUCUGUAAAACAAAAGUGCUUCAUUUAAGGAUAAAAAUUAUAUUUCCAAACAUUUACCACCCUUGACUAAGCAACAACAACAGACGAAGAAGGUACUAGAUGCUGAUAAGCCAUCUUAAACCUGUCACUUUAACUUAUCCUAGUGUUGACUUAAUACACAUUUCUGCUGUUAUGGCCAUUACUGAAAUUUGAGAUUAUGAGGAAGAAUUUAGAAAGAUACCAAGUGGACAAAAAAGAUCCUAUGAAAAUGAUAGGACCUUUCUAUUUUUAAUUUACCAAUUAUUGUUAACCUCAUAAUAAUCAAAGUUAUUUCAAAAUUUUCUCGUCCAGGUUUUAGUAGUGAUAGUAAGUAGCUAAUUAUUUUCCUACUAAUCUCUCAAAACCUAUUUUUCAUAUUCUUUCCUUUUAAAUAAUGCAGAUUAUCUACACUUUUACCAUUUAUCUAUUUAUAAGGGAUGGCAUUGAGUGUAACUGUCUUUCAUACUUUGCAACAAAUUCUAAGCCUGUGGGGUCAGUUCUCAACAUACAAUCAAGUUGCCUGUGGGUCUUAUUGGAAUGCAGGUUCUAAUUUAGUAGUUUUGGAUAGGGCCUGAAUUCUGUUUUUUAAUGAGUUCCCAGGGAUGUCAAUGCUGAUGGUUCAAGGACCACAUCUGGUGUAGCAAGGCUCUGCCUUGGUAUGCUAUUGGGAAUGUUCUAAAGGUGCUCCAUGUUGCAUACUGUAAUACCUUAAACUACAUAAGGAAUGGCAAUACUGAAUAUAACAGGAAGAUCAACAGAUCUUUUAAAUAUUACUAUUAUGAACAGUAAUACAUCUCGUUAUAUGUUUAACACCAAAGGGCGGAUUCAUGGUAAGUUUAUUGUUUAAAAAAAAAACAUAUUCCCCUUAUUGUAUUGUUAUUUCAGGCUUUUCAAAAUUAUCUGGGUUACACAUAGCUUCUAAUUAUAUGCUUUU